GACUCACCGCACACUGCGGGGUCGUGGUCUGUCCCGGGCCUCCUUCCUGCUUCAUUUCUGAGCAGACUGAACCACAGGUGCUGGGGUGUGAACACCUUUCCCUGGGUUCAGCACGGGAGCUGGCCUCAGAACUCGCAGCCCACUUCAGUCCCUGUGGACGAAACACCCCGACUUCAGAUGGCGUGGACUGGGGUCCCAGCCUUAUUUAGCGCAGAGGCUUAAGAUGACACAGAGCUUGUCCUCUGUCUUCGGGGCACCUGCUGAAUUGAACGCAGGGCGCCCCAGCGCCGUGGAGCCGCUCUCCCGCUGUCCAGGUGAGCCCUGCAGCCCGCUGAGUGAGGACCUGGUGUCUUUACAGAUGCCUGCUCUGUGCCUGUCUCCGAGAUCAUCACCGUUGAGGAGACGGACGUUAACGGGAAGCAGUACACCAGCGGAAAAUGGCAGAAAAUGGAAAAGCCGUACGCGUUCACAGUGCACCGUGUGCGGAGGGCCCGGCGGCGCCGCUGGAGGUGGGCGCAGGUGACGUUCUGGUGUCCGGAGGAGCGGCUGUAUCAUCUGUGGCUGCAGACCCUGCGGGAGCUGCUGGAGGCGCUGAGUACGUGCCUGCUUUGCGCUCAGCGCAGAGGCGGGCGUGGCGAGACGCUGACUGCUGAACACGUUGCUGCAUCGAGACCAAAGCACCUACUGGUGUUCAUCAACCCACUCGGGGGGAAAGGACAGGGCAAGCGGAUCUACGAGAAGAAGGUGGCCCCGCUGUUCACACUGGCCUCCAUCACCACCGACAUUAUCGUAACUGAACGUGCCAAUCAUGCCAAGGAGAGUCUGUAUGAGCUCAACAUAGACAAGUACGAUGGCAUCGUGUGCGUGGGCGGAGACGGCAUGUUCAGCGAGGUCCUGCACGGCCUGGUGGGCAGGACACAGAGGGACGCCGGUGUGGACCAGAACCAGCCCCGGGCCACGCUGGUACCCAGCCCGCUGCGCAUCGGCAUCAUCCCCGCGGGGUCGACGGACUGCGUGUGUUACUCGACAGUCGGCACAAACGACGCGGAGACCUCGGCUCUGCACAUCAUCGUGGGGGACUCGCUGUCCAUGGACGUGUCGGCUGUGCAUCACAACAGCACGCUCCUGCGGUACUCGGUGUCCCUGCUGGGCUACGGCUUCUACGGGGACAUCAUCAAGGACAGUGAGAAGAAGCGGUGGAUGGGCCUCAUCAGAUACGACUUCUCAGGGUUGAAGACCUUCUUCUCCCAUCACUGCUACGAAGGCACAGUGUCCUUCCUGCCAGCUCAGCACACCGUGGGCUCCCCGAGGGACCGGAAACCCUGCCGGGCGGGGUGCUCCGUGUGCAGGCAGAGCAGGCAGCAGCUGGAGGAGGAGCAGAAGCGCUCGCUGUACGGCCUGGACGGCACGGAGGAGGUGGAGGAGUGGAAGGUCCUCUGCGGGCAGUUCCUGGCCAUCAACGCCACCAACAUGUCCUGCGCUUGUCCCCGGAGCCCCCAGGGCCUCUCCCCGGCCGCCCACCUGGGGGACGGCUCCUCCGACCUCAUCCUCAUCCGGAAGUGCUCCCGGUUCAACUUCCUGCGCUUUCUGGUCAGGCAUACCAACCAGGGCGACCAGUUUGACUUCACCUUCGUGGAAGUCUAUCGCGUCAAGAAGUUCCAGUUUGUGUCGAAGCCGGCGGAGGACGAGGACAGCAGCGUGCUGGGCCGCGGGAAGAAGCGGCUGGGACAGCUGUGCAGCGAGCACCCCAGCGCCUGCUGCUGCCGCGCCUCCAGCAGCACCUGGAACUGCGACGGGGAGGUGCUCAGCAGCCCGGCCAUCGAGGUCAGGGUCCACUGCCAGCUGGUCCGGCUCUUCGCACGAGGAAUCGAAGAGAGCCCCAAGCAGGAGUCCCGCGGCUGAGCGCUGGCCGUGGGGACCGUGUCUCAGACAAUGACGACAGACCAAUUAUGUUGCGAUACAUUCAAAUUUAGAAAUUUAUUUUUGAUAGUUGAAUAUUGAUUUUAGAAAAAAUAACGUUUUUGUCAGCAAUUUUUGUGGAUGCAUUUGGCAUUUUCGGUUCUGUGUGCGUCUGUGGCUGUAUCUCACGUGUCUCAUCAGCCCCAGCAGGUUGCCCGUGCCGGCUGGGGUGCGCUGACGGCCCGCCCUGGCUCUAACGAGCAGCUCAGGGGUGGUGCGUUCUGUCGCGCGCGUCCUCGGGGUCCCUGGGCUGCUCGGCAGGACCUGCUCUGGAGUGCGGUGGUCAGCGCCUGCUGAGUCAUGGUUCUCUUUGUAGCACUUGACUCUUCCCUCUCGAUUAGAGUGGCCCAUCUGGACCCUUCCCGUCUCGCGCAUCUACAAGGCAAUGUCCUAGUCCGCCUCCAGGGCAGCCUGGUCCAGAGAGCGGGAGGGACUCCCCGGGUUGCUCUCCCAUAGCUGUGAAGAGCUCAGUCUCCUCUCCCAUCACAGCAGUGCUUCUAGACAAUCUGGUGGGAGGACAGGUCAGGCGCCCCGGAAACCGGCCACUCGUGAAGCCCUGGCAAGUGUCUUAACGCUUAGACGCCCCCAGCGCUGUCCCCAUGGCGGGGGCUGCCGUGGUUGAGCUUGGUGAGCAGAUGGGAAGCAGCCCGUGAACCUCAGACCGAGCACCCCACAGCCCUGGGGAGAGGGUCCCACAUCCCGGGGUGCCCUUCCCGCAGCCCCGAGUCUGUACACGUGACCCAGGUCCAUGCCUUUGUUGUCUUCACACUUCCUUCCAUGUAUUUAUUGCAAGAUUUGUCCUGUAAACCAGAAGAGCAUAGACAGUGUCCUCGCUGGCCAUGUUUUCAUUUGUUUGCUGUGCAAGUACGGGCCCCACCCUGGACCGGGCUUAGGGGGCGCCUUGCUCGGCCCAGUUUUGUUUGCGUUUGUGCUUCAGUGCGUGGACGACACGUCUGCAACAGCUUCAUCUGAGACCUAAGAGGAUGCUGCCCCCACUUGGACUUGUGAAAAGGGAGCUCAACUGUUACAAGAAGUGGUUUGAGAGCCGCCAGCCGCCAUACAGGGUCCGGUGGGCACCCUCGCAUCUAACAGAUGUCGUUCAUUCUCAGAACUCGUACGUGUGAAAUGUCCUGUCUCAUCACUCAUUCCCACCCAGGGCAGCUUCGAAAGGGCUUUUUCAGGAGACCGCGUUCCUACUGGGUCCCCAAGAGGGUCUCCACAGUCUCGAUUGUCCCUGGGAAACGUCAAUCACUGGUCUGCCCCGAAACCCACUGCCGUUUCUAGAAAACCAGUCUAGGCCGAGAGUAAGCAUGUUCUGUUCAAGAAGGAACCCCUCACCCCCACCCCCAUAAGCCACAUGGUUCCCCAGUGGCCUUGGCCAUAUCCACCAACUGCUUGCUGACCUACAAAACCGCAGAUUCUGGAACUGUCCCUGGGGGUCAUGUGACUGUCUGAGCCCCCACCCUGACCCCAGGAGCUGCGGACGACCCCACCCCGGGACCAGAGUACCUUUCCGACCUUCCCACGAGCCAGGACUCUGGUGGAACAACCACAGCGCCUAAACUCCAGGAUUUUAAGGAAAAAUCAGAACUGAUGGCUGGACGGAGAGAACCUGGGGUCGCUGGAAGCGCUGGUCUGGUCGUGACCUCCGCCGUGCUCAGUGGGGCCGCGGUUCCCUUGCUCCCGGUUAUGCAGAGGCCAGGGCGGCCAGCACCGGCUGACGCUGCCCUCACUUCGGCCCCGUGGAACUGGCGGUGGGAACGGAAAGUGGCUUAACUUCCUUUCUAAUCUUGCUGGCUUCAAGGUUAGAAAACGGCGAAUUUGCUCUGAUAUGUUUGAGAAGACAAAUAAAGUUGUUACUUUGGGCAGAA